AUGGUUUCAUUCAACUCCCUUCUCCUCGCUGCUGCUACCGCCGUUGGUGUCUUCUCUGCACCAACAACGGAUGUGCUUGCCAACGCCUACCCAAGAGAUGUGCUUGAUGCCAGAGGUGGAACUCCAAGUGGCACUGGAACCAACAAUGGGUAUUACUACUCGUUCUGGACUGAUGGUGCUGGUCAAAUCACAUACACCAACGGUGCUGCUGGGUCUUACAGCGUGACGUGGUCUGGAAACAACGGAAACUUCGUUGCUGGAAAGGGAUGGAACCCAGGAGCUAGACGAACAAUCAACUUCUCCGGCACAUACAAGCCAAACGGCAACUCCUACCUCUCCGUCUACGGCUGGACCAAGAACCCGCUCAUCGAAUACUACGUCGUCGAGAACUUCGGCACCUACAACCCCUCCAGCGGCGCCACCAAGAAGGGAACGGUCGUUAGCGACGGAUCCACCUACGACAUCUACCAGAGCACCCGCACCAACCAGCCCUCCAUCAUCGGUACUGCUACCUUCCAACAAUACUGGUCCGUUCGUCAGAACAAGCGUUCCAGCGGUUCCGUCACCAUCGGAAACCACUUCGAUGCGUGGGCUAAGUUGAACAUGAAGCUUGGUGCGCAUGAUUACCAGAUUGUUGCUACUGAGGGGUACUUUAGCAGUGGGUCUGCUAGCAUUACUGUCUCUUAG